AAGGUAAGAAACUGAACUAUCAUACAUUAUUUAUAAACAGACAUUUCUCAGCCUUUAAGAAUUAAUAUGGAAGACAUUAAAUGUUUGGACACUUUUAACAUGACUGUUUUUAACGAUAUAGAUUCAGUUACACAGACAGACAGAGAUGAGAAACCUUUAUUGAAUGAAACAGUUCCUGAUCAAAGAUCAAUCCAGAGAAAUAUUCCUGAAUAUUGCUGUGAGAUCUGUCGGAAAACGUUCUCUUCUGAACAUGAAGUUUUCACACACAAAGAAACACAUCAUAGAAAAACAUCCCACAACUACGGAAUGUAUGGUAAAUAUUUUGUCUUUAACAGUAAACACAAAAGAACAUACGCUGGAGAAAAACCAUUCCAUUGUGAUAUAUGCGGGAAAUCUUUUAUGUCUUAUAAUAAAUUAACAAGGCACAAACGAAUACAUACUGGAGAAAAAAUCCAUCAAUGCGAAAUAUGUGGUAAAUCUUUUUCUGUUAGUUCUUGCCUUGUACUUCAUAAAAGAACUCACACAGGAGAAAAACCUUACCAUUGUGACGUCUGUGGAAAAUCGUUCUCUGGUAAAUUUAGUCUUGUCGUUCACACUAGAAUUCAUGCUGAAGAAAAACCUUUUCACUGUGAUUUAUGUGGGAAAUCGUUUACUCAGAAUUCUCACCUUGUCGUUCACAAAUCCAUACACACCGGAGAGAAACCCUUCCUCUGCGAUAUCUGUGGGAAAUCUUUUGUGUCGAACAAUAAACUAACAAGGCAUACAAGGAUACACACUGGAGAAAGGCCUUAUCAUUGUGAGAUAUGUGGCAAAUCUUUUUCUGCUAGUUCUUGUCUUGUACUUCAUAAAAGAACACACACUGGAGAGAAACCAUUUCGUUGUGAAUUAUGUGGUAAGUCGUUCUCUGGUAAGUUUAGUCUUGUUGUUCACACUAGAAUUCAUGCCAGAGAAAAGCCAUUCCACUGUGAAAUAUGUGGGAAAUCCUUCUCUAGUAAUUCUCAUCUUGUCGUUCACAAAAGGAUUCACACAGGAGAGAAACCUUUUAGCUGUGAAAUUUGUGGGAAAUCUUUUAUCUCUAAUAAUAAAUUAACAAGACACGUAAGGGUUCACACUGGAGAAAAACCUUAUCAUUGUGAGAUAUGUGGCAAAUCCUUCUCUGUUAAUUCUUGCGUUAUAGUUCAUAAAAGAACACAUACUGGAGAAAAAUCCUACCAUUGUCAGCUGUGUGGGAAAUCGUUUCUCACCAGUACUCAGUUAAAAACACACAAACAAAUACACAAUGGGGGAAAGGUGUUUCACUGUGAACUAUGUGGUAAAUUAUUUUCUGAUAAUUCUCGUUUUGUAGUUCAUAAAAAAAUGCAUGCAGGAGAAAAACCUUUUGAUUGUGAUACUUGUGGAAAAGCAUUCAUGCAGAAGUCUCAUCUUGUAGUUCACAAACGUAUUCACACUGGAGAAAAACCUUAUUGUUGUGAAACUUGUGGCAAGUCCUUUAUUACUAACAGUUACUUAACAAAACACAAACGUACACACACCGGAGAAAAGCCAUUUAGGUGUGACACAUGUGGGAAGUGUUUUUCCACAAACGGUAAUUUAAAGACACAUAAACGAAUUCAUACUAGAGAGAAAUCUUCCAAAUGUAAAAUUUGAGAAAUAAUUCUCUUGCAAAUCUAAACUUUUGGUCCAUCAACAAGUACAUGUAGGCAAGCAUUUAUUGUGGUGAAUUUAAGUUUUCUUCACUUGAAUUUUCAUUUUGUAAUCUGCAAAUUUGGUUUUGUUUGAGAGAAAUCCUUUUUUCUAAAAUGAGUGAGGAAUCCUUAUUUUUGAAUUAUAAACUUGUAGUUGGUAAACAAAUGCAUUCUAAAGAAAAAGGUGUGUAAGAAACUAUUCCUUGUAGACUGUUUUGUAAUUCACAGACAUCUUCAAAGUCACAGACACCUGGAAGAAAGAUCUAGUCACUGUGGUUUGUCUUUCUUAAAGAGACACUAUCUCAUUAAUCAUAAUUAGAAAAAAAAAACAAAAAACACCGGGGCAAAACUUUAACACUUCAGCAUUUGAACCAGCCAUAUCCAGCCCAAGUAUUCUGUUUCAUGUUCAAAACUAUCCAGAUGCAGUCUGUCACACCUACCCUAUUAUGUCACUCUAAUAAAAAACCAAUCACAUUGUUGAAAUCUCAAAGCUACAAGAUAAUCCAUGAUUAAUUCAAAACAUUGUGAAUAAAUAAGCAUUGCAUUUGACAAAGAACUAUGAGUGUUAAAGGUUUAAACUAGCCUCUCACACCUACCCUACAAUGUCAUUCUAAAAAUAAAGAAUCACAUAAUUAAAAUCUCAAAGCUACAAGAUAUUGCAUGAUUAAUUCCAAACAAAGUGAAUAUAAAUAGGCAUUGCAUUUGACGGAGAUGUCUGGAUGUUAAAAGAUUGAAGAUGUAAAAUUUAUGGAAAACUAAUUCCAUCCAGAAGAAUUGUUUGUAACCAUUUUGGUACCAACUCACCUGAAACUGCCACUGAUAUUGAAAUACUAACAUUCCAGUUUUAAUAUGAUCCAAAUUAAAACUUUCUCCCAAAAUUUCAUGCUAAUUUGUGUUCCAAACACUAUAUUAAUAAAGACAAAGUUAUUUGAUCAAA